AUGAACGGCCCUUCGAGUCCCAGGCCCGCGCGGCCCAUGAGCAUCAAGGAGAUUACUCUAGCAGCAGAGGAUUUCGACUUUAGGACUACAAUUCCCUUCAAGUACUGGGCGCGAUCUGCAGACACAUUGUUCCAAGAGGCAACCUUUGCGCUUCAAGAUCGCGACAUACGAAAAGCAUACCAAAUGCUAUGGCGACACUCAAUACUAGUCCUUACCCAUUUGAAAACACAUCCCGAUGCCAAGUUACCCGAAAAUAAGGCGCUCACAAAGCCGUUGUUCGACCGCCAGAAUAAGGAGGUAUUCGGGCUAUUGGAGGAAUUGAAGCCGCAAAUCGACCGCGAUUACAAGGAAUGGCAGUCGAUGAGUGCGUCAAAACAGAGAGAAGAUGACGAAUUUACCACCAGACCCACAAGCUACAACGAGUUUGCUGCCCGAGACCCGACCUUAUCCGGAAACGCCAAGAUCCUCGAUGCCGCCGAUAACCAGGAACUUGCAGUCUCUUUGGCGCAACGAGACUACAAAAGGCGAGAUGCUGCAAGGAGAGCGACGCGACAGGCUGGCGUUAGCGCCGAGGAAGAGCAGGAGCGCAGGAAGGGUGGCCGCUGGGAGGAUUGGGAGCAGUUCAGCAGCCCAGCGACGGCCGCGUCAGAGGAGGAAGAUAUAAGGAGACAGAUCGAAGCAACUCGGCGCCGGCUCGACGGAACCGACGGGGGAAGAGACGAAGAUACCUUUAACACCUCGCAAGCUUCAAAUUAUCAAGGCCAGGUGCCACCGCCGAGAGCUCCUCCCAGCUACUCAUACAACUACCCGUCUAUAUCACGACCAAGGGCGCUGGAAUGGGAGGCAUCGCCGUUGGAACCGCAGCGCACCUACACGCCGCCACCGCCUCAGCCACCGAAACCGCCAAAGGAGGACUUUACGAUGAUGCGCCAGGAGCUCGAUGCGGCACCUCCUAUGAGGCCGAGCAAGGAGCCAUUAACGUCCUAUAGGCCGCCGUCAACAGCCAACGCGCUGCAAGGAGGCGUCCCCGAGUUGCCAGCCAAGGAGGAGGUGAUGCCACCGGCAGCAAAGGAGCGGCUCGCCUUCAAGCCGGCAGCGUACCUGGAGAAUGGUGACCCUAUCCGACCCGUGUUCCUCCCAACACAGCUUAGGGAUACCUUCCUCAAUAUUGCAUCUGAGAACACCCGCAGAGGCCUCGAAAUGUGCGGUAUACUUUGUGGACGACCCGUUAACAACGCGCUGUUCAUCAGCUGCCUUCUUAUCCCUGAACAAAAGUGCACACCGGAUACGUGCGAGACGGAAAACGAAUCAUCAAUGCUGGAUUACUGUAUCAACGAGGAUCUUUUGGUUGUGGGCUGGAUUCAUACGCAUCCUACGCAGACGUGCUUCAUGAGCUCGCGAGACCUACACACGCAGGCUGGGUACCAGGUCAUGAUGCCAGAGAGUAUCGCCAUUGUGUGUUCUCCAAGGCAUUCUCCAUCGUAUGGCAUCUUCCGCCUCACAAACCCGCCAGGACUCCCUCACAUCCUGCAGUGCACGGCGUCGGAAACUUUUCACCAGCACUCCAUCGAUAACCUGUACACUGGGGCGAAGAAUCCGCCCGGUCAUGUUUACCACUCGGAGAAGCUCGACUUUUAUGUGAAGGACUUGCGUCCGAAGAGGUAA